GCUUCAACUGAGCCCAACACGAAUGAAGACACGUGGAACAGUUCGCGUGUACUAUUACAAGGAAACGUGCUUACUCAGGUUUCCAACCUAUUUGGACAUAACAGUUUUGAGGAAUUAGAAGGGGCAAAGAAAACGUAUCCAAUAAUUUUGGCUUAUUCGGUAAGACUUAAUUCGUGGUAAGGAUGAAGAGAGAAGUGAGUGCUGGAGUGAACUUUCUGAAAUGCUUGGCUGUGGAACGUGGAGGUGUAGAAGAAAUCAAAGCCAAACAGUUUGCUGCUAAGCUACAAGAACUUCUGCUUGAGAAGUUCACAGACCACUGGUACCCAGACAACCCUAGCAAGGGACAGGCAUACAGAUGCAUAAGACUAAAUGAAGGAAUUCCCUGCGAUAAAUCAGUGUUAAGAGCGUGCAUGGAGAGUGGCAUAAAGCCAUCUGAACUGGGCUUUCCUCGUGAGAUCACGGUAUGGAUUGAUCCAAUGGAGGUGUGUGUACGCUCAGGGGAGAACUGCAGAUAUUUUACAGUGGCUCACUUCACAAAAGAGGAGGAGGAGGAGGAGGAGGUAAAGAAGAUUCACUUAAAUCAGGAUGACACUUUUAGCCUAGUGGAUUCUGUGAAUCUGGAUACCUCUGACUACCACUCAGCAACCUCCUCUGACUGCGGCUCAGCUGUCCCAAGUGAUACAGAAGAGGAGAUGAAAGAGGAAGAAACAAAAAAAGAGGAAGAGAAAGUAGUAGAGAACACAGCUCUUACAACAAGAUCCAAGGCAAGGGAACCAAGAGGGCCACACAAGUUUCCUCAAGCUCAGAUCCCUGGUCCGCAGUACUUUUAUCACCCUACACUAAUGUGGCCCCAGUUCAAGAAAAAGAGAGGCAUGUGCUUCACGGCCAUAUGUGCACCAGCACCUUCUCCAGUGUUUGCUUAUUACGUCCUCCCCAAAUUCCCUCCUCAGUUCAUUGUGCCUCACGCUACUCUGCAAACUUGGGGGACAGUGAAAGGAUGAAGAGCUCAAACCCAAUUAGCACAUACACCUGGUAUGUUGGAGUAUAUGUAUACUGUGAGGCAUAUUGGCCACUCUGAAGAGCUUUUAAUAGCUUUUCAUAAUGAAAUUAUAAAAUAUUUGAGAUUUGUUGUCAAACAUGCCAACUCUUUAGAACAUUUUUCCUUUUCACUUACUCUGUCAUUAUCUAGGUUUUCCUAAUAAUAUUAAACCUUAAACAAAAUAAUUUAUUCAAACUGCUCUUGCACAAAUCACUCUGUUUUUACUUGAUCACAAACUUUACAGGAAUAUUUCUCAACUACUGUACUUUGCCAAAGUUGGAUUGCUGCAUACUUGGAAUUGUUUGGAAAUCACACAUUUCUGCCUGCUAAUGUAGUCAGUUUUUAACAUUAUUAUUUAUAUAAUGUGUUUAAGUGAUAUUUUAUGCAAUAGAAAAUAUUGAGUUCAUGUAAUAUUUCUCAAUGAAAACACAUUCCAAAAUAUAUAUAGACCAACCAGCAGUUCACCUCAGGUGUGAUUGUCUAUAAAGUCAGCAAUACCUCUGAAAAUACCAAGUCACUUCUAUACAAAACUUCAUUUUAUAUACUGAAGCCAAAGAAAGCUCUUGUGGUUGAAUUAAAGACUUUUUGCUGCCUAGGCUAUAGAUACAGCUCCUGACUAAUGUGAAUUCACUCAUUCAUUGUGGUAAUCAUACCAGCUCAAGAUUUAAUAAUCAUAUCUGCUUAGGAUGUAGAUAGGACUGCAUUAAUAUAAAGAUUUUAUCUCAUUAAUUGUACUUGAUUCAGUGCACAGUGAUGCUGUAGAGCUUAUACCUUUAAGUAAUUAAGUAAUUGUAAUUUAUUUCAAAACCCCUAGGUGGUAGCAUACAUUGCCUUAAGCCAUAUUUCAUUCAUAAUUUGUGAUUCAGGUGUUGCAGCCACUGUUUGUUUGUACAUAAUAGAUUGUCUUUUGGUCCUAAAGAGAUCUGCUGAUUUUUAUUUUGAAUUCAUUUGCAUGUAAUAGUGUAUACUGUUCUCAUCAAACCACUGCUGCUUGAUUAUUGUUCCAGUAUACCAAAAUAAUUGUACAGUGUCUAAAUAAUAUUUUUAUCUACAUAGGUACACAAUAAUGACUGAUUGAAACUUUUAAAGGGGUGGAGGGGUUGUCAUAAAAUAUAAAUGCCUUUCAACACUGGAAUUUUACUGUACAUUUGUUUUUAUCUUUGUUUUUAUUGUAGAAAUGAAUCAAGUGAGUUUUUGUAUAUGCAAUUUAUAAUUGUUAUUACCUUUACAAACUUUUGACUGUUUUCUUUGUUUGAACUUCAAAUGAAUAUUUAUUUGUGCAUGUAAAUCACUGUAAAUAUUGCUUUGGCCUUAGCAAAAGGGUAAUGAGAUGAAUUGUGAUUCUCUGUACAUCCUUUUUUUGUUGUUACAAAUAUUUAUUUUAUUACUAAAACAAUGACAGCCUUUUCCAUUUUAUUGUUUACUGUGAGAUAUUAAUAUUGAGUUGACACAUUGCAUUUGUUACUCUAUUACACAGUGUCUUGUUUAAUUCUGGAAUUAAUCUUUUUCAGAAUUCUACGAUUAAUAGGGUCCAUGUAACGCUUUACAAUUCAUUUUUCAGACCAUACAAUCCAAAUGCAAAAAUAGAAAAAUGGUUUGAAACUUUCAUUUUUCAUUUUUCCAAUUAUUUCAAGAAUGGAUAAUUUAUCUUUUCUCUCAUUUUCUUCAAUUUUACUUGUUCUAAAUUGUGACUAAAAUAUUUUUUGUCUUGCAAUUUGCACUGUGGGCUGUACCAUUAGCUCAGGGGUGUGGGUUAGGAAAUGGACUGCAUGUACAUUGAGGAGUAGUUUAAAAGGCUUGCCCAGGGGUCGACAACAGAAGGCACACAUGCCACCUUUGCCAAGUGGAGGGGUUGGCACACGGGCAAUAGCAAGGGAGUGGACAAACCAACUUGGCGCCAAGCACUUCUCCACACUUGAAGUAGGUGAGAAAUUAAUUGUAAAGCGUUACACGUUAUUAUUCUAUUCAUUGACUUAAAAAUAAACAAACUCAAACACUUUUAAAGUGUUUUAGAACCCUCCUCGUUGCAACUUUCCAUAAAGCAAGUUUGUUUCAUGUGGAAACAUAUUAAUUAACUGUUUUUAUACAAUUGAAAUGAUCAUUCAAAUGUUAUUUAAACUGAAUAAA